AUGAGGGAGCCUGAGGCCGUGGGGUCUCCCUGGGGCCAGAGCCGUCAGCAGCCGCUGAGUGCCGCAGCUGCCAUUCAGGCCUGCUGUGAGGGCAGCCACGGCCGCGGCUGGCACCGUGCGGGGCCCCGAGCCGCUCAGCACGCCCCGGGCCCUCGGCUGGGCUCUCUCGGCCGCACGGCGCUGGGGCCGCAGGCUCUGCCCGCCUCAGGCGCAGCGGGGCCGGGCCGGGGCUGGCUGCAGCCCGAGGCGGUGCCAGGCACCGGCAGCACUGCAGCCCCCAGGGGGCGCUGCGCGGAGCGGGCGGAGCGCGGGAGGGAGGGGCGGGGAGGGGCUGGCCGCGGGGGCGGGAGCGGGUGGGGCGCGAGGCGCUCCGCAGCCAAUGGGAGGCUGCGCUCGGCCCUUGACCAAUCAGCGCGGGGGGCGUGGUCGGCGGCCCCGUUGGAGAGUGCUGCGGAGGAAGCAGCCGGAGAGGGGCGCUGGGAGCUGGCAGCGGAGCGGGACCGGAGCGGCUGCGAGCGCAGAGCCGGGGCAGGGCGAAGCUCGGAGUCUCUCAGCCCCACAGCCGCCAGUGAGGCAGGGAGCAAAGCAGGAGCCUGCAGCACCGAGAGGCGGCGAGCGAGGCUCUUGAGACGCCUGGCAGUGGCUCCGGGGGCAGAGCCGGCCCGGCCCAGGCGAGCCUCGCCACGGCCCUCGGCGGCUGCCGUCCGACUCCGUCCCGCCGGCGGGAGCCGCCCCGAGCCCUGCAGGCGUCCGGCCGCGGUGCUCGGCGACGGAGGCUGCCGGUGGAGGCCAGCGGCAGCGAGACGCCAGCGGCGGCAGCCUGCAUCGCCUCUGCUUCUCCCAGCCGGCAGAGGUGAGUGGCAGAGAGUCGGCGCCCAGAGGCUGGGGGCGAAGGAGCAGUGGGGGUGGGCAGUGCCCCGUGGCAAAGCUGCCACGGCCUCGGCUGGCAGAGCCGGCAAAGGGCAGCACGGGCACAGCUGAGGGGAUUUUCCCAGCUGGGGCCAGGCUCUGGCUGCCUUUGUCGGCCUCUCCAUAGCCCCUUAGAGGAUCGCUGAACUCUGAG